AUGGGUUGCGGACAAUCAAAACACGAUGUUGUUACGGGUAACACCACGACGGUCCGAAAACCUUUGGAAGCUGAAUCAGUGAAGGGCCAAGAGAACGAGACAAUUAAAAGACAAGAAAGCUGCCGGUGCAAGAAAACGAACGACAUCUCAGCGGUGGUUUCUUCAAACCAGCCAAAAAUCACCGUGGAAAUUAAUACCAAUAAACUGAAGGAAAAGAAAGCUGGAGGAGAUUGUGGCGAGAAGCCGGAGGGAGAGACAAAUGAUCAACAGAAACAUGAGGAAAAGGAAACAACCACUUUGCCGUUGGUGACAGCGAUAGUGUCGGAAAAUAUUUUGCCAGAGGAAAAAGUUGAUAGUGAUACAAUUGUAGAAGAGGAAAAAAGUACGGAAGAUAAAACUUCUGGUAACGUUGACACUGAAAUUCUACUUCCCGAGGUUGAAGAACCAAAACUGGAUGUAGAGACUCCAAUAACAACGGAGUCAGAAGUUCAAGAAGUUUUGACCAAAGAGGAUGUAGAAAUUGCUACCUCGGAAAAUGUUGAAACCGAGUCCAAAGAAAACGAUGACACUUUUAUUUUGAGGGACGAAGAUGAAGUCGAUCUUAUAGACAAUGUAGCCGCCUCGAAAACUGUUGAAAUUACAUCCACAGAAAACGACGACACUUUUGUUUUAAAGGACGAAGAUGAAGUCGAUCUUAUAGAGAAUGUAGAGACUCCCGCCUCAGAAAACGAAGACACUCUUGUUAUAAAUGAUGAAGCUGAUCUUGUAGAGACUGUCCAAAGUGCGUCCGCAGAAAACGACGAAUCUCUUGUUUUAAAGGACGAAGAUAAAGUUGAUCUUUUAGAGAAUGUAGAGACUCCCACCUCAGAAACUGCAACUACAGAAAACGAUGACAUUUCUAACUUAAAGGACGAAGAUGAAGUUGAUCUUGUCGAGAAUGAUGAAGAUGAAGUUGAUCUUCUAGAGAAAGUAGUCGAACUUGUGUCUACAGAAAACGAUGACACUCUUUAUUUAAAGAAGGAAGAUAAAGUUGAUCUUCUAGCGAAUGUAAAGACUGCCGCCUCAGAAACUGUCGAAACUGUGCCUACAGAAAAAGAUAACACUCAUGUUCUAAAGGAUGAAGUUGAUAAUGACGAAGAUAAAGUUGAUCUUAUAGAGAAUGUAGAGAUUACAGUCACACAAAAUGUCGACAUUGUGUCCACAGAAAACGAUAAAACUCAUGUUUUAGAGGAAGAAGAGAAAGUUGAUCUUGUAGAGGGAAAUCCGGCAAAGCAAGUUGAGGCGGCAUGA